AGAAAUGUUCUCGACGACCCGUAUCCUCACUAGUAGUCUCAGCUGGCACCACGGUUAGUCAACAUUAUGGGGUUCCUUAGGGCUGUCGUGUGUGUCAGUCUACUGUUUAACGGCCUGCAUGGGGCUGCACCAAAUAGCGACUGCGUAGACCCCUGUGUGAAGAUUCCAGAUGGUCUUCUUAUUGGAGCUGGUCUGUCUGCUUCUCAAUCUGAGGGUGCCUGGGAUACAGAUGGAAAAGCAGAAAGCCUCAUGGACCGAAUGACUCACAAAGUAUUCAACGAAACCAUAGACGUUGCUGCAGACCACUACCAUCGCUUCAAAGAAGACCUCGCUUAUGCGAAAGAACUGAACUUUACGUCGCAUCGUUUUUCGAUCUCAUGGUCACGCGUUCUCCCGUCAGGAGAUGCUGCAAACCCGAAUGAAAAAGGGGUAGAUUUCUACAAGAAACUAAUAAAGGAAAUCAAGGACAACGGUAUGGAGCCUUUUGUUACCAUGCUUCACUUCGAUCAACCGUUUUCUCUGGAAAACAAGACGAAUGGCUGGAAUUCACAAGAGAUGAUGGACAAGUUUGUUGCCUACGCAGAUUUUCUGUUUAAAACUUUCGGUUCGGAGGUGAAAUAUUGGACUACUAUCAACGAGGGCAACAUGUACUGCUCUUACUUUCCCCAGCUCGCCUCGUUCAUUGGGCUUAACCCUGGAGAUGGCAACCAGCUUUACAGGUGUCUGCACAACAUGGUGGUGGCGCACGUGCGUGUAUACCGCCUUUACAAAGAGAAAUACUUUGAAGAGCAAAAAGGUCAAGUCGGUGCAUCCGCCCUCAUGUGGCCUGCUACCCCCGCCACGUCCAGCUACGACGAUGUCGUGGCCGCCGACCUGUUCAACCAGGUGUACACCGGUGCCUUGCUAAAUCCGAUCGUGCACGGAGACUGGCCACCUCUCGUGCGCUACAUAGUAGACAAGCGUUCGUUCGAGGAUCUCAAGCUCAACGAAUCGAGGCUACCGAGGUUUACAGACGAAGAAAAGGAGAUGUUCAGAGACGGGCCUGCUGCUGACUUUAUCGCAGUCAACGUGUACAGUGGGUACAAGACAGCCUGGAGGCACAACGCCUCAGAUGGCAGCCCCAUGCCGUCCCUCCUUGGACCCUUCACGGCAGAUAUGCCAAAUAUUAAACUCAUCUCGGGUGGAGGAUUUGACGCUUCUGACGAGAACCUAAUGAGGGAUGCUCUUCUUUGGACCUGGUUCAACUAUCAACUGCCCAUCGUCAUAUCGGAAAACGGCUUUGGUGACACAAAGCACGUAGGUGUAAAUGAUAUAGAGAGGGCUGCGUACCACAGUACCGCACUGCGAUCGCUUAUUCGAACUAUGCAAGAAUACAACGUGCCUGUCAUAUCGUACUACGCCUGGGCCCUUUUCGAUGUGUUUGAGUUCUCCGGUGGCUAUAAAGACCGCACUUUCGGAAUAAUCCACAUUGACUAUCAGAGCGUCAAUCUGACGCGGACACCGAAGGAUUCUUUUAGGUUCUUCAAAACUGUCGGGACAACGAGAACAGUGCCUUUUGUGCCCCGGACCCCGUCAUCCACGGCACAGUCCACAGGCCCAGCUCUUCUUUCCAUUCUUGCAAUCCUUGUUCCGUGGCAAGCAUGGUGCCAUCAAAUCUAGUAGUCUUUGUGAACCUUUUUGUCUUCCAGACUGGAUAGAUUACAUCUUUGUUGAUUUCCCCUAGUCAAAACUCCGCUGAUUUUGCAAUUUAUUGGCUGAGCGAUUAGCGAAGCCUUCUACUCCAUUGACCGAAAAAGUUUCAUUCUGUUUGUUUGUUUGUCUGUCCAUAUGCACGAUAACUCGAGAAGGAAUUGAGACAUCGAUCUGGGAAUUUCAGAGUCCUAUUGUAUCACAAAAAGUAUAGUAACGUUUGUUACGCAAAGAAGUUUGUGUAACAGCAGUUAUACCAUAAUUUGAACGUAAAAUGGUGUUACGUAAAUAUUUUGUAUUUUGAUACGUAGAGUAAUUUUCAGCGAUCGUGUACCGUUAAGGUGCUAGAGAUCAUUUCUUCACGAAUAUAAGGUGGAAAUGACCAAAUGGUCUAUUAAAUUGUAGAAAAGGCUUCAUAUCGAUAAAUUGUCCCGGAAGUACUACUUAAACCACACAUAUGGCGUUAAACAACGCCCUCCUUUGAACUCGAGGGUCCCUUGAUAAUCUACUAUCACUAAAACGAUUAUUUUUACACAAGGUAGAUGUACGCCAGACCACGUCUCGCGUAACAGGCUUCGCGAUAUCUCACGAAACACUGUCACGCUGCGACGCGCCUGGCAUACAUCUACCUUGGCCUGCGGCGCUGACACCCGAGUCGGGUAGUUGUAAAAUGUACACAAGGCCCGUCAACAGCCCGUCACCUCGACUAAGCAUACAGGGUUGUACAUUUUUCGCUUAUUUUCGUCAAAAAUGCCCUCUAGCGCCUCGGUUUGAGCUAGAACAAAACGGACAAAAUUUUCGCCCUGCGAGUUCCACUUUGAUAAGUUACCCCUUAGGAAACCAUAAAAAAAAUAUUUUUGAAAAACGUCAUUUUUGGGACCUGUUGUUUUUGAUUUUUUUUUAAAUCGAUUUUUUGGGCUAGAAUGCUUUUCUUCGAACUUGAUCUGUAUUUUUAAGACACAAAACAACCCUGAAAAUCCCAGGUCGCUCGCUCAAUAGGGUAUUUCAAUGGAGCACUGCCCGGAACUAAGAAGAACAAAACCGGAUACAGAGAGCGGUGGUGGGCGGGCUAGUGGAGGAGCGAAGGGCGGGCGGUGAGGCCCCCCUCCACCCGCCGCUCCUUCGCGCGCUCGCCCCCACUACCGCUCUCUGUAUCUUGUUUUGUUCUUCAUAGUUCCGGGCAGCGCUCCAUUGAAACACCCUAUUCGUUUUCGAGUUUUCGUGCGGAGAGAUACACAGACAGACAGACAAAAAAAGUUUUUUUCCGACCAGACAAAGUAAUAGGCUUCGCUAAUCGCUCAGCCAACAAAAGAGCAUUUAUCUUUCUGUUAUUUGUACUUUCUCAUACCAUGUCGGUUCGCCAUAUUCUGAAUAAAAAUUUCUUGCUUCCUCUGUGCUGAACUGCCAAA